AUGUAUGCCUGCCCAUUCUCAAAGAAAGAGUCUCCAAGAUCUAUCUCUAAGGCAUCUAGCGUCAUUCCUUGGCUCUUGUGGAUAGAUAUAGCAUAUGCUAUCUUGAGAGGCAUGAAUUCUAUCCAAUUUGUCAUGCGCUUGUUGGGUAAGUUUGACCUCCUCCUCAUCGGAAAUAUCAUCCACUACACCCCUGCUUCCAUUCACAAUCCCUUCGGUUAUAAGCAACGGCUGAAGCUGCCCAAGUACAACGUGGAUGAAGAAGAUCUCUCCGAGUACGGCAAGCGCCUAGGGCUCAAGGCGCUCGAUGAGGACCUCGUCGUCGAGCAUGUCGCCGGUGGAGCGGUUGUGAUGCUGCUGCCUGGAGGUGACGAGGGGCUUGGCGUGGACGUACUCGAAGUCAAGGGAGUCAUCAUCGUCGAUAGGGGACUGGAGGAGGAGCUUGGGGCUUCCAUCGUCACCAUGCAGUCAUCCCUUCUUGAUCCCCUCUCGCCCACUGCUAUGAACCCCAAGCUCCUCCUCCAGUCCCCUAUCGACGAUGAUGACUCCCUCGGCUUCGAGUACGUCCACGCCAAGCCCCUCGCCACCCGGCAGCAGCGCUACAACCGCUUCAUCGGCGACAUGCUCGACGACGAGGUGCUCGUGGAGGCCUGCAGGAGGACGGAAGUGACGGUCGGCUUGACCCGAUCCCGCUCACUUAUGGAGACUUGCGAAUAUGUGGCAGGAUAG